GGAGUUGCCCAAUAACAGACGAGAUGAUAGUUUCCGUGGUUACAAAUGUGUGUCAACUGUACAGAGCGGAGGGAUUUCACAAGGCACUAAUGCAUACUAAUAGGGCUCUACAGUGAGGAGUGAAGGGAUCUGCAUACGUUCAUUACAAACUACAGACCAGAAGAGUCAGCAUAAAACUUUACUUCAGAAAUCAAGAAUGAAGGGAUCUUCGACGAUUGGUCUCGGCCGCUCAAAGUACAAACCGGCUGAUUACAAAGAACUUCAAGCCAUUGUUGAUGCAGAACGCCUGGAGUCUCAUCUAAUUGGAUUAAAGGUUCAGAAGACUUGUUGUGCAGCCAAGGCAACCAAGGAGAGGUCCAUACUCCGGCAGCAGAGACAGGUGUGGAGCAGAGAGUGCCCCAGGCAGCAAAAAGCGGAGCGGAAAGCUGAGAAUGACAUCAAUGAUUUUCUAGAACAAAUCAAGCCAAAUGGUAGAACAGAUACUGCCAUCUUCUCGCUACAAGAUUAUGGGCGGCUUCUAGAGAGGGAGCAGAAGGAAUUCUGGAUGGCCACGGUGCAACCUGUCCAUCAGCUCACAGAUGACCUGCGCUUCAGACUGGGCGAAGUUCAACAUCAGCAGCUCACUGCCCAUCCAUCAAAUUGGGAACAUGUAAUACAACAGAUAAACUUUGUGAAGGACCAGCAAGAUGACAUAACUGCACAACUUCAGGCAGAGUACCUGGCCCUGGAGGGGGAGAUCAUUGGUCUUGGCUUGGAUAAAUAUCUUACUAGUACUUCGGAUAAUCUGGUGAACAUAGAAAACAUUCCGGAGGAGGUUUUGAAUUCAGACUGCCCUUACCCAGAGCUGAAGGACUCCCUGAUCCAGGCCUUCCACUUCCUGUCAGAAAGGUACCAGAGGAGGCUGCAGAAUCUCCAAGGUCAACUGCAAACGACUGACAGGUUCUGUGGCUGGUGUGCAGAUGACCACCAACGCUUCCUGUCCACUUUGUCACAGUACACUUAUGACAUCCCCAACCACAGGGCACUCUACAUGGACAUGAUGCAAAGACUCUUCCAGGACAAAACUAGACAAGAGCUGGUGGAGCAUGAACGUGUGUGGGACCGGCUGCGCUUCACCCAGGCACAGCUGAGAGUGGUGACUCAGCAAUUUCAGCGAGACCAGGAAGAGCUGUUGGCCAGAGCCCUGUUCACCCUGCAGGAGGCGAGGCAAGCCCACCAGGAGGAGCUGGAGUGCCACAGAGGCCACCAGCACCAGCAGGACAUCUGCUCACAUCUCAGAGAGAAGCUGCAGCAGUGGCGGGCUCAGCAGGAGGAGGUGGCAAGACUGGAGGCAGCUAUAGCUUCUAGACAACAAGAGGAGGAAGAGGCGAGGCGAAAGAGGGAGCAGGAGAAGGAGGCUGCUGUCAGAUCACAGCACAAAGAGAAAGUCAGGCAGUUUUAUUUACAGCAGCAGAAGAGGAGGCAGAAGCUGGAGGCGGGGGAUCAAGAGAGACUCGCUAAUCUUAGGAGUGUCAUGGAAGAACAGGCAAGGCGAGAUAAAGAAAGGAUCCUGUUUCGGGCAGAUAUGCUGCAGCGGCGAAGGGAGGAGAGAGAGGCGCAGGAGCUUGAGUGGCAGAGGGAAGAGGAAGAGAAACAGAAUCGCCUGGAAGUUCUCAGAAACCAGGUUAGGGUGGUGGCAGAGGCAGACCCAGAGAGGAUGAUGGCAGAUACAGAGGCUUGGAAGGGUCGACACGUGACUGUCGAGGAGUUUGAGCUCCAAAGGCCUCUCUAUAGCAUCAACACGUACACCGACACACAGAUUGUGUCUGAUCCAAGAGUGCGGGUGGAGCAGGCUCUGCGGGACGCCGGUCUGCAACACAGCCAGUAUGCCAAAGAGGUCCUGUCGGUGAUCUCACCCCCUAAACCCCCGAGACGAGAUACCAAAUCCACACUCAAAUUCUGACCCGGGGAUUGUUUUGGGUCACAUUAUUAAGUCAAACCCAUUGUUCUGGUUUUAUCUCAUUUAAAUAUAUACAUUUUAUUAAGCGAAGAAUGAUAUUCACAGUUGAACAGAUCACACAGUUUAGCAUGAGCAAGUGACGAAAGGCUUUUAUUAUUGUUGACUUUUAUUGAACGUUGUAUACACUUCAUGAGAAAUACAGUAUAAUACAUUAUCAUUAUUUGACAAUAAACAUAUACCUCUAACAGAU